AUGGCGAAUAUAGAGUUCAAUCAAGGAGGGGCUUCAGGUUCAAGUGGAGUUAAACAAAGGCUAGCGGAUCCUGUUGUUGCGGAGCUGCAGGAGAAGAUAGUUGCUUGUGAUACCGUGGAUGAUUAUCGUGCCGAAAAUACGGUUGUUGAUAUGUUGAGUAAUGGACUGUCUAUGGAAGUGGAAGAUGUGUGGAACAUACGAGGGUUGGGUCAUUCUUGGAGUCGUCAGAAAGUUAUUAUUCGGAAGUAUCAUGUUGCAAUGGUAGCAAUUCUUGAACCUUUUCAUAAUUCAGUUGCUAUGCCGAGGUUAGAUUCUUUUUUGGGUUUUCAAUAUUUCUAUUGCAAUGAAGAUUCGGGAGGGAAAGUCUGGAUUUUUUUGAAGGAAAAUUAUCAUGUGGAUAUUAUUCACUGUUCGGACCAGGCCUUGUCGGGUUGGGUCCAUUUUAAUGCCACAAAAAUUUUGGUUUCUUUUGUCCAUGCUAAGUGUUCUCAUUUGGAGCAAUGCUUUCUUUGGGAGGAUUUUCAGAAUUUAUGUGAUUGGGAGUCUCCAUGGUUAGUGGUUGGAUAUUUUAAUGCCAUCCGUAGUGAUACUGAACAAAUUGAGGUAGUUAAGUAUGGUCUUCUUGAGAAGAGAUUUAAGGGUCGCAAUAUGUCUUGGUGCAAUGGGCAUAUAGGGAGGUCUCGUAGUUGGGCGAGACUUGAUCGUGCUUUGGUUAAUGUUACUUUUGAGAGUUUAUUUCAUUCAGCAUAUAUGGAAUAUUUGCCUAGGAAGUCUUCUGAUCAUUGUCCGAUGGUGGUUCAUUUGUCGGCUCCUCGGAGUAGGAGGCUAGAGAAGAAGCUUGUUGGGCUCAUAAAGCUAAAAAGAAGUGGUUUCUUGAAGGAGAACAAAACUCGAGAGGAAAUUCAUCAAGGAGCUAUUAAUUACUUCCAUAAUUUUUUUACAAAGGAGCAAGAGGUUGUUCAUACGGAUUUGGAUCCUUUUAUUCAGCAAAUUUUAACUAAAGAGGAAAAUUAUAAGCUCAGUGCGAAUCCUAUGAUUGAGGAAGUUCGUGCUGCAGUUUUCUUUAUUUUGAAGCAUAGUUCCCCUGGGCCUAAUGGAUUUGGGUCUGGUUUCUAUAUGGCUUGUUGGGAUAUUAUAAAAUAUGAUGCUGUUGAAGCAGCGACGAAUAUUUUUAGGGGAACAGAGCUUCCCAAGUUCUAUUCCUCUUCUUUUAUUGUAUUGAUUCCUAAAGUGUUGGAUCUAAAGAGUUUUGAUAAGUUUAGACCUAUAAGUUUGUUUUCUGUGGCAUAUAAAAUUUUUUGGAAAAUUUUAGUGGCUCGGUUGACCGAGGUUUUACCUAAGAUGAUAUCUCAGAAACAAGGAGCUUUUAUUCCAGGGCAUAGUAUUUUCGAAAAUAUUACUUUGGCCCAAGAGAUGGUGCAUUCGAUGCACAGGAAAAAUCAGGAUGGCAAUGUAAUGCUCAAUAUUGAUAUAGCCAAGGCUUAUGACCGCGUUAAUUCGCGUUUUCUCUUAGACGUCCUAGUGGUUUUUGGUUUUGGUGAUAAUUUUUGCAAGAUUAUAGCAACAAAUUGUAUUGAGUCUCCUUGGUUCUCUAUUAUGCUUAACGGCCCCUUCAAAGAUGAUUUCUUGAUUUUUUCUAAUGGAGAUGCAAGGUCAUUUCAGAAUUUGUUGAAGACUCUUGAGGUGUAUGAAAAAUGGUUGGGUCAAUAUAUUAGUAAGGAGAAAUUUGUUGUGUAUUUUUCAGAGCUCCUUAAUAUAUCAAUGCGUCGUGAGAUUAUAAAGACCUCGGGUUUCCUUGAAGGAUCCUUUCCUACAACAUACUUGGGCAUUCCCCUUGUGUUUGGUCAGCUUAAAGCAAGAGUUUUGGAACCUUUGGUUAAUAAAAUUCAAUCAAAGGUGGCAGGUUGGAAUCUUAAGCUUUUGUCGCAAGGUGGUUGGUUAAUUCUGUUGAAACAUGUUUUGUCUUCUAUGCCAUCUCAAUUGCUGGUUGUGCUUGGCGUACCCCAUUCUACCCUGAAGAAGGUUUUUCCGGGUGUUGGUGAGAACACCAUUUGGAGAGUUCGUGAUGGAUGGGUCUCCUUUUGGUGCUAUUGCUGGCUAAAUUUCAGGCCUCUUUGUUUGAGGGUGGAGGACAUCUCCUUUCCUCUUAUCCAGGUGAGGGAUUGCAGGGAUGAUAAUGGGUGGAAUUAUGAGCGAAUGUAA